ACAACCCUAAUCCGGUUCUGUACUAAUACUCUUGAAAUCCCAUUGAAAGAUUCUUCCCUCCAAAUUCCCAGUAUCUCCGAUUGCAGAAAAGAGAGCAUCAAUUGAGCUGCAAAUCAAUGGGGAGGGACGACGAUGAGAUGAGGAGCGAGAUCGAGGAGAGGUUAGUGAACGAAGAGUACAAGAUAUGGAAGAAGAACACUCCCUUUCUCUACGAUCUGGUCGUCACUCACGCCCUCGAGUGGCCCUCUCUCACCGUCAAAUGGCUCCCCGGCCGGGAGGAGCCGCCCGGAAAGGACUAUUCCGUUCAGAAGAUGAUUCUCGGGACCCACACUUCAGAGAAUGAGCCGAAUUAUCUCAUGCUCGCCCAGAUUCAGCUCCCGCUCGAGGACGCUGAAAAUCCUGAUCGCCACCAGGAAGAUGAUCGGCCGGAUGUAUGCUCGUUUGGCUGUGCCAAUGGGACGGUAAAAAUAAUUCAGCAAAUAAAUCAUGAUGGAGAAGUUAACCGAGCACGUUACAUGCCUCAAAAUCCAUUUAUUAUUUCCACCAAGACAGUCAGUGCUGAAGUUUAUGUCUUUGAUUAUAGCAAGCAUCCAUCUAAACCCCCUUUUGAUGGUGCAUGCAACCCUGAAUUGAGGUUAAAGGGCCACAACACUGAAGGAUACGGUCUGUCCUGGAGUCAGUUCAAGCAAGGUCAUUUGUUAAGUGGCUCAGAUGAUGCCCAAAUUUGUUUGUGGGAUAUUAGUGCCACUCCAAAAAAUAAGACCCUUGAUGCCAUGCAGAUCUUUAAGGUUCAUGAUGGGGUUGUAGAGGACGUAGCUUGGCAUUUGAGGCAUGAAUAUUUAUUUGGUUCAGUUGGAGAUGAUCAGUAUUUACACAUAUGGGAUUUGCGCACACCUUCAGUAACCAAGCCUAUACAUUCUGUAGUUGCUCAUAAUGGAGAGGUUAACUGCUUAGCAUUCAAUCCGUUUAAUGAAUGGGUUGUAGCAACCGGAUCAACUGAUAAGACCGUCAAGUUAUUUGACCUUCGCAAGAUCACUUCUCCUCUACAUACUCUUGGAAGCCAUACGGAGGAUGUUUUUCAGGUAGGGUGGAAUCCAAAGAAUGAGACUGUCUUAGCGUCUUGUUGCCUUGGCCGAAGAGUCAUGAUUUGGGACCUUAGCAGGUAUCAUUUGGAUUAAUAAAGAUUGCAGCACAUUUAUUUUUUCAUGAUUACAUUAUUUACAUAUUCUGUUCUGAGCCUUUUCAAUAAGUGGUUACAUUUUUUUUUAUCUAGGACAGAAAAUGGCCAAUAAGUUGAUUUUUGCAAUAUCUUGAUAACCAGAAUCUUCCCUGAAAUAAAAGAAAGUGUUUGAAAUGUUAUCAAAUACUCCGUAGUAUAUAUUAAAAUAUAGACUAAUCGCUUAAAACUCUGCUCCCUCAACCUACCCUCCAAGCAAAAGCAUCAGUUUGAAUGUAGAGUUUCAGAGGGGAAUGCUUUGGAGGUCGUGGUCUAUACCUUAACAAAUAGAAUGUUUCUAGCUAGGGCAAUUCAAAUGUCGUAUGAUUAUGUUACUCCCCCAAUUUUUAUACAAUUAUAAAUCUAGAUCAAGACAUAGACUUAGGCACUUAGCCACACAAAACACUCCUACCUGAAAGUCUCCAUCCAAACCGACCGUCAAGUUCUUCAACCUUCACUAUUGCAGAUACCAUCACCAUGCAAAUGUUUGCAUUAUGGAUGUUUGCUCAACUGCGAAUCUAGAUGCGAGUGUGCCUAUGAACUAUAUAGAAAUGAUUGUUUGCUUAUUUUUAUCAAAAAGUUGCUUGGAGAAAAAAGCAUGACUAAUAAAUGGCUCUACUUGGGAAUGGAGUUGCCGUAGUUCAUAAAAGGUGUGUCACAAGGGAGAGACUCAGUUUAACUGAUCCAAAACAUAAAAUAUACGGAGUAGUUUGUUCAGUGUAAAUACAUUUCAUUUUUCUAUCACAGUAUGAUCUGGAGUUCAAAUGUGGUUUAUGUAUAGGCUUGUGCUCCUUUUGUGGAAUAUUGAUCCGGGCUUGUUUGGUAGGGCUUUCAAAUUUGGCCACCUAUCAUCUGCCUAGUCAGCUGUAUUUCCUACCAAAAACAGAUUAUUAAUACAAUGGCCGAAUCAGCUAAUAUGAUGCCAGUAAAAAAAUAGCUCAAAAGUUAUUUCUGUUUCUGUUCGAUUGAUGAUGAUAAAUGACCCUUCUACCCUCAUAUAUCAGUUAUUUCAUAAAUUUAUUUUAAAAAAUAGACUUCAAUAUUUUGUGAAUAGUUCAUAGUUGUUGCCCUCUAUCAGUCAUCCAUAUACUGGUAUUUGCUAACCCUGUCCAGGAUUGAUGAGCAACAAACGAAAGAAGAAGCCGAAGAGGGGCCACCAGAGUUGCUCUUUGUUCAUGGCGGCCAUACCAGUAAAAUAUCCGACUUCUCAUGGAAUCCGUGUGAAGAUUGGGUCAUUGCCAGUGUUGCAGAGGACAACAUUCUUCAAAUCUGGCAAAUGGCUGAGAACAUAUACCAAGAAGACGAUGAUCUACCGGUAGAUGCUGCUGCUACCUAGCUAGAUUCAUCGCAAGGUAUUGUAUUUGCCCACUGAUCCAUUUGCAUUUCUAUGUGUGACAUUCUAUUGUGUAUAAUGAAUGUUUCAUGUGAAAAACAAAUGAAGUUAAGGCUUGCAGGUUGUUUGAUCAUCAUUCUUGGAAACAAAACAAUCUUGUUUUU